GGCCCGGAAGGCGCUAUGAAUUACAGUCUACACCAUCAACACCUGCCAACACGCCUGCUACCGCCGCACCUGUCACAGUCGCCGCAUCAGCAUCAGCAUCAACUUUCUUACGAUCCGCGCCUUCAGCAGCAGCAACAGCAGCAGCACCAUCAGCACAAUCAUCACAUGCAGCAAGGUCUGCCUCAAAGCGCUCAGCCUCAUCCGCUAUCGACGGCGAAUCGUAUGAUAUCGCGCAUCUUCUAAAUAUUUUUCGAUUUUUUGGUUAUUAUAUGGUGCUCGCCCUCACCCUCGCCCUACUCACCUCGAAAAAGUUGUACACCUUGUAAAUAUAGUCCCGGCCUGUGUACAUAUGUGUGUAUGUAGGUAACUAUAAGUUACACAUGCAUACAUACAUGUGUGUAUAUGUAAAUAUCAACUAUCUCUCCGACACCUCCCUCCACCACAAAAUUUUCCCGGAACUUCAGUCGCAGAUUCAGCCAGAGGCAAAUUCCUCCCAGUGAGUAAUUUCGAAGGCAACUUUUCGGAAAACAAUAUUCACUUAUGCUUUUUUACCACAAAUACAUGUAUAGUUUUUAUAUUCGGAGAUACGACCAGAGGCAUUCGAUACCAAAGCAAUAAUCUAAAUAUAUAUGUAUGUAUAAAUUAAGUAUACAAUAAGUCUCUCGCAUGUUUUCACAUAUUAUAAUACAUAUGUUUGCAUUCAUUUGCACAUGUAUACAUACAUACGUACGCAUGUAAAGUACUUAGUAUUUU